CACAUUCGACACUGACAGAUUGUCAAAAGUGUAAAUAAUUGAUGACGUCACCAACAACACAACAGUGCUCAAUUUCAGUUGCCUGGCCUUGAGCUUGCACUCUUGAGAAAUGGGUACUCCAAUCAAAGAUGUCACCUUGAAGCCGACUGCACCAAAGGAGGUCUUCUUCUACAAACAUGUUACAUACAUAACCAGUUAUAGCUCGAAGAAAGAUGAUUAUGAGUAUGUGAUGACUGAAUACCUGAGGAUGAGCGGUAUGUACUGGGGUAUCGCGGCCAUGGAUCUAUUGGGUCAGCUUAACCGCAUGAACAAACAGAAGAUUAUUGAAUUCACCGUGAGCUGCCAGCAUGAAUGCGGAGGAUUCGGUGCCAGCAUCGGUCAUGACCCACAUCUUCUCUACACAUUGAGUGCAAUACAGAUCUUAGCCAUCUACGAUGCUCUGGAUUCCAUAGACGUUGACAAGGUCGUGGAGUAUGUCACAGGAUUGCAACAAGAAGACGGGUCAUUUGUUGGAGAUAAAUGGGGUGAGGUAGACACAAGAUUCUCCUUCUGUGCUGUGGCAACAUUAUCAUUAUUGAAGAGGUUAGAUGCAGUGCCUGACAUAGAGAAGGCUGUGCAAUACGUUGUGUCAUGUAUGAACUUUGACGGAGGUUUCGGGGUCAGGCCGGGGUCAGAGUCACAUUCUGGUCAGAUCUACUGUUGUGUCGGGUUCCUGUCUGUGACCAACAAUCUUCAUUAUGUCAAUGCUGAUCUACUAGGCUGGUGGCUGUGUGAAAGACAACUCCCGUCUGGAGGGCUAAAUGGUCGACCGGAGAAGCUUCCCGAUGUUUGCUAUUCAUGGUGGGUCCUGGCGUCACUGAAGAUCAUCAAUAGAUUGCACUGGAUAGACAGCAAGAAACUCACCGCUUUUAUUCUGGCUUGCCAAGAUGACGAAACAGGAGGCUUUGCAGAUCGACCCGGUGACAUGGUGGAUCCAUUCCAUACCCUGUUUGGUAUCGCCGGUCUCUCUCUCCUUGGGAACCACUCGGAUAGUAUCAAACCCGUCAACCCAGUCUUCUGCAUGCCGGAAAACAUCUUAACGAGGAUAGGUGUCGCCCCUCAAAUCUUAUGAGACAUUCCACUCUAGAUUUAUUUAUAAAAUGGUGUAUUUGUGAAAGAGCAUCUUAUAUACAGAGAAGCUUCAUGUACCCGAAUCAUGUGCCACUGUAAAUGUGUUACAUAAUGCACGCGUAGGCAAUAUAUUAUAUUGACGCUACUUCACUGGAGGGCUUCAAGGGAGCGCUUCCACCAAGCAUCUAGACCAAGAACUAGAUAGUUUAUUCCUCAGCACUAAAUCCUGACUUAUGGAUCCUGCUGAGUAUCGUCGUAGAAGUAGAAGUAGAAGUAUAUCAACCCUUUUUUGCGCAGUAUAUUGCAUACAAAUGUAUGCAUACACAUGUAUUUGCUGGAAAGCAUCCCAUUGGCUGAGAAACUAUCACAUGACUCUCACCAGCUUGUAAAUGUGCAUGAGCAUGCAAUAUAACAAUCUUUUUUGCGUGGUAUAUUGCAUACAAAAGGGUACCAUACUGCAUAUGGAAUCAACCGGUGCGUAUCCAUUGUCGUAUAAAGCUGCACACAUAUAAUAUAUUAGGCUAUACAGAAGAAACACUGAAAGUGAUGACUUGAUUAAAAACAGUGCAAGAGAUCAAAAAUACCCUAAAAUUUUAAAUAACAAAUAUUGAAUGCAUAUCAUCAUAUGUUCACCUCCAAAUUGAGACUUUCCAACGUAAAGUUAUACUUCAACCUGUGCCUGUGGCCUCGAUCAAAACAUCAUGCGGGAAAUUCUGACUUUGUUGGUUCAUAUAUUAUUAUUUGUUUACGUUGAGCAUUUCAAUAUUCAUAUAAUGUGCUGAAAUUGUUAAUCAUGCAAACUUGGCUUUACUACCAUUAAGUUUGACUAAUGGAUUAUGCCCUUUCAGUUGGUUCAAAUUUGUUUAUCUCUGAGUAGUGCUACGUUGCAGACUUACAUGUGAAAUGACUUGUAGUUUUGAUAAAGAAUGCGUUACUGAUCCAAUGGAACACUUGCGUAUUUUCAGUAUUACAAAUAUAUCAUUAUGGCAAGAAGGUUCUGGAUUCAUUCACCCCUCUCAACCCCCCCCCCCCCCCAAAAAAAAAAAAACAGAAAAAAAAACACCUACAUGUACAACAAAUCAAAAUGCUCAAAUUUAUGCAAUAUCUGCAAAAUAUCAUGCCUGGGCCUCGUUUUAAAGAGUUGAUAUCAAUCGCAACUUAUUGGCGAUUGAUAUCAAUCACAAUUAUGUACAUAUUAAGAGAUAGGAGACUGCAAACUUGCGAUUGAUUGGAGGACUUGCAAUUGAUUUGGAUCAGUCGCAACUCGUUGUAGGACGGGGCCCUGGUGUACUUUAUGUUAUGAAUAUUUAUAAGAUUUGUACCAAUAUCCAAUAUGUGCAAGGAAAAGUGAUUUAUACAUGUUGUGAAAGAUUUGGACAUUAUAUGAAUCAGCUAUGAGUUUUGAUCCCAUCGUUAUGAUAUCCCAGUACCUGACUUGAAUUGAAUAGAAUGUAAUUAGUAAUAAUGUCCUGGCUGAAAUGUACAAUGCAAACAGUUAAGAUACAUGUAUGAGACAUGAAUACAUCUCCUGUGUUGCCAUGUAAAAUGAUAUUGCCAAGCCCUGUUAUUGUUAAAUAUGUAAAUGUGAUGAAUUUGUUGGUAUAUUAUACGUCAUUUCAGUGCAGAUAAACUACACAAACUGAUGGAACACAACUUUUUGUGUCACAUGUACAUAAAGUAAGCAAGACAUAAAUAUGAAUAGAUGCAGCUUUACAGCUGUCUGAUUUAUGUAUGUUUAUUCGAAAGGGAUAUUAUAGUGACAGCAACAUUUAUCAUAAUAUAUUUAUGUGUAAAUUUGAAAUAAACAUAUAACAUCCACA